GCCAGGCUUGUAAACGCGACUUUUGUCGAGCCAUGACAUCAGCAAACUCCUUCGGCCAUGGACGUUGAACAAACACGCCAAGAGGCCCGACCUCGUUGCAGUUCAGUGUUUAGCUAUGCUAUUCAAGUUCCAGUCAAGGAACCUUCCACGAGCGACCGCAUCAGGUAAGCACUGUCGCACUCAUCUGUCAGUGGAUCAGAUAUGCCCUGUUGAUGUCCGAAGAUGACUUUACCAGUGUCCAGGAGACGCGGCACGAGAUGAAGGCCUGCGUCCGGUCCGAUCGGAGCAGGGCCCAGCGCAUCGGACGCCGCAGGGAAACGAGAAUCUCUCAGGAUGGUCAAGGUCGUAUCAUCAUGGUGCGCCUACUACAUUCAGCUGGCCCCCGCCUUCGACAGGGCUGUGGCGCCCUGAAGGGUGCCGUGAAGCUCGCCACGGUCGACCGUUCCGACCACACGCAGUUUGAGUUAUGCAAAUCCAUCGGCGUCAUGUCCUUCCCAACACUGCAGGUCUACCAUAACAGCGCGUUCGCCACGCACCCAUUUCCACAGCAUGCACGUAUAGCUACAAUUCUACCACUGGUCACUUGCGAGCAAGCCCCUUUCCCAAAGGUGGCCGACCGCCCGCGCAGCUGGGAAUGCGGAAGACUCGCACAUGCACGUCCACUUGCUUCCAUAGCAUUCUCCUGCCACUCGCAUCAUGUUUUUGGGGAUUCGAUACUCGUCGACGCAGUUGCCGUGCGAUUGAGCCACGAAGAAUCUAUGCGACAGCAUGCAUCCCGUAGAGGAAGCGUGCAACAGGUCGAGAUGACUAUGAGUCAUGACGGCGGGAAACUGGGAUCGAGUCAAAUCCUUGAGGGUCGCUUACGAGCCAUGAUAACUGAAUGGGCACGGAAAGAUAACGUGUGCCAUGUUGAUGAUACAGGAGUCGUGCAGAAGCAUCUUGCUCGUUGCUGAAUGCCUACUGGGCACGAUAGGCUCGCGUUUCGGCGCUGUGCAAACGACUCAAGUGACGACUUCAAGUAGAUGCGUCUUUGUGCG